CCAAAACUACACAGAUGUAAGCGUUUGCAAUGCUGUUUGUCUUGGUUGUUAGAGAAGCUAGACCAGAGAGAGAUAUGGUGCGUUCACGGGGAUCAAUCUGCGCAGAUUCUGUGCACAAUCUGACCAUUUUAGCCAAUGGGUGCGUUCACGGGGAUCAUUCCUAAAAGAUCAUUGGCUAACUUGGUCAGGUUCUGCACAGAAUCUGCGCAGAAUGAUCUCGUAAACGCACCCAUAGUUUUAUCAAAAGCAUACAAUGGCUACAGCCGGUAGUAGUACAUGUUCAGAAAAAAAAAGAUCAGAAUCGAAAAAACGGAGACUGACUCGAGAAGUAGGUUUUGAAAAUGUAUUUGAGGACUCUGAGAGUGACAGCUCCGAUAUGGGAAGCUUCGAAUGGGAAUUUGAGUAUCCUAUUUCAGACGGGAUUGACGAUGAUGGGACAGCGACUCCAGAGCCUGAGCCUGCAGCGUAUGCUGGCAGUACAUCCACGCCCACAGUGUCAGUGUUAUCAGAGGCGCAGUCUUCAAACAAAUGGCAUUGUUCUACACAAUCAGAUUACAUACCCAAUCAGCCCAAAUUCAGGCCUGCCAGACAGCCAGGUAUUUCAUUUGAUAAGACAAUAACCUACACAGACAUUGAUCUUUUCAAGCUUUUUUUUUCAAAGGACACUGUCGCCAAAAUUUGUAGCAAUACAAAUAAACAAGGAGAGAAGCAGCAAAAAAAAGGCAAAAAGUAUCCAUGGAAGCCACUUGGGGUUCAGGAGUUUUACACCUUUCUUGCAGUUGUCAUUUUCAUGGGUAUAGUUAGGAUGCCAACACUCCAAGAGUACUGGACUGAUGAAAACAUGUAUGGAAGCUACUUUUGUAAGAGUGUGAUGAGCAGAAAUAGAUUCCUUCCCAUUCUAUGGAAUCUGCACAUGAGUGACCCAGACGAGGAUGCAGAAAAUGACAGGAAAAAAGGCCAGCCUGACUAUGAUCCUCUGUUCCGCCUCCGUCCUUUGUUGGAUAACAUCAAUUUUUCAUGUAGGGCAUACUACCACCCCCAACAACAUGUCAGCAUUGAUGAGAGGAUGGUUGCCUCCAAAGCAAGGCUAAGCAUGAUGCAACACAUAAAGGACAAGCCCACUAAAUGGGGUGUGAAAAUGUUUGUGCUGGCAGAUUCUACAAAUGGGUACACCUGUAACUUCCAAAUAUACACAGGAAAGAGGGCACAUCCUACACCAAAUGGCCUUCGUUACGAUACAGUAAUGAGUGUUUUAGACUGCAAUUUAGGCUAUGGUUACAAGCUGUAUUGUGAUAAUUUUUACACAAGCCCAAAACUGUUCACAGACUUGUAUGGGAUGAACUUUGCUGCCUGUGGCACAGUCGGAGACCAUACGAAAGGAUGUCCACGUACAAAAGAAAAUGCUUUGACUAAGAAGUCGGAAAGAGGAUCCAUUCGCUGGCUGAGAGAAGGGCCUCUGCUGUUUGUCAAGUGGAUGGAUACUAGAGAGGUGUCUAUGUGUUCCACUAUACACGCGGCUUACCAAGGUGCAAAGGUAUCAAGGAGAGUGAAAUUACCAAAUGGGAGCUGGCAAAUGAGGAAUGUUGACAUUCCUGAGGCAAUUCAGGAUUAUAAUCGGAACAUGGGAGGUGUGGACAGAUCAGAUCAACUGAUUCAGUAUUGCAAUGUCGUGCACAAAACAAAAAAAUGGUAUAAGACACUCUUUUUCCAUUUCCUAGACAUUGCUAUUGUGAACAGUUUUCUCCUCCACAAAGAGUUGUGCCAGGUUGUAGGGAAGAUGCAUGAGAGCCAGGUGGUUUUCAGAAAAAAAUUGCUGUUUGAACUGUGCGGGGAACAAUUGCCAGCUGAAAUGCCAUCUUCAUCUUCAGCACCUGCCAGUCGAAUGAUGCACUUACCUGCACCUAUUGUAGACCCUGCCAGUGUUGAAAAGGGACAAAAGGCAUCUGCAGGCAGGCGUAAAUGUCAGCACUGCAAAGACUUUGGUCGGGGCCAGAUGAGCACUCCUUGGCAGUGUAAGACCUGCAAUGUGCCAUUGUGUCUUGUGCUAGACAGGAACUGCUUUAUAGAGUGGCACAGAAAGUAAUGGACAUGGCCUGAGCAUGUACAAUUGUAAAUAGUUCUCUUCAGUGUUCCAUAUGUAAUGUUUCUGUUUUGUUCAAAAGAAGUUGUGAUUUAUGCUUAUUUGGUAAAAGUGCUAAUAAAAUGUGCUUCAUUUCUUUCUAA